GAAGAACUGAUAAGAUCUUGACCUUAUACAAUAGUUGAGAUAACACGCCGCGAUCUAUAUUCUAAUAGGUCGUGCUUGAUAAACAAGUUAAUAUUCUGCUGAAAUUUAAGAACAAAGGAACUUGUACUAUGGACAAUUUAAUUACGUCCAGCAUUCUUGUAUUGGUGUUGCUAAUUACCACGAGCGAGGCUUUACAGUGUCUGUCAUGUGACAACGUGGUGGAGGCACGUGAUUGCCAACGACUUGCAACGUGCGGUUCUCACGAAAUUUGCUACGUGCAGCGUAAAAUCGGAACGAACUUGAAACAAUAUUACGUGCUUGGCUGCAUUGAUAGAAAUGUGUGUCUUGGACAACAAGCUUCAAUGUUUGCUAUGGGUAAAAGAGAUACGUCCAAUAGCUUGUCGCUUCAGGUGGAAUCACGUGCUAUUCAGUCACGUGAUAAAAAUACACGUGAUUCAAAUGGUGAUAUGAAUCUUUGUACCCAGUGUUGUGAUUCCGGAGAUGAAUGCAACAAGGACCUCUGUGGCUCCCCGCCAUCAACGAAUCUACGGUGUCUGUCUUGUUUAGAUAAAGAAGAUCCGAAAGAUUGCGAAAGUGUGACAGAAUGUGGUAGAGAUCAGUUUUGUUAUGUGCACAAGGGACUCAACCCAAACACCGCCACUUACAGCAUUCGUUAUGAUUUAGGCUGCAUGGGUAAAUUGCAAUGCACAGCAUUGAAAAAUGCGUUCUCAUCAUCGUGCGUUGUUUGUUGUGAUCACACUGACCUCUGUAAUUAUGCUGCCUGUGACAACUGGAAUC